AUGGACAUGAUAUUGCUCUUCCUUUGCGUCGCAGCUGUAAGCUGCGAGCAUCUUGCCGAGUUGGCACAACUGCGGCAGCCUCUGGGGAAUGAGGACAGACAGAGAUUGUUGAACAAGUACAGGCUGAUCAAUGAGGACGCUGGUCUCAAAAUCUCGACCGCGGAGGUCUUGGAGUUCACGGAAAUCAUGCGAAAGAGGGUAAGUCGAAAGCACAAAAGAUUAGUAGCAAUUCUGCAGUCGGGAUCGCAAACAACCAAUAAAUCUGAACAUCUUUAUAGCGAUAGUCGCCGCUAUAAAGAGCCAGGGCUAUAGCUCAUAGUCUAUUGCCCAUAGUUUCCUUCAAUCCCGGACAUAUACAGUGGCGGACCUGAUCCAGUGGCAAAAAACGUAUAAUUUUGCAUCCGAGAAGUGUCAAAAACGUGGCAAAAUGCUUCAUUCUCCAAGUAAAAAACUUCGUUUUGAAGGGCGCGCCCUUUCCCUAACAAAAAAAGGGCACGCUUUCCAAAUCUGACUUUUUUUACUUGGAGAGGGAGGUACUUUGCCACAUUUUUUGAUGCUUCCUGGAUGCAAAAUGGUCAGGUCCCCCACUGUACUGGCAGCUGGCCAUAAAUCAGCCCUCCAAAAAAAUCUAGUCCGCACGUAAACAAUCGUUUUGUGCGAAGAUUGUGUAAAUGGAGGAAAAGAAGGAGCGUCAAGGAGGGAACAGAAACGUUUUUGGACAAUAAUUUUACGAACCCUCUUCAGAGAAAGCUCAAAUUCCUAGUACAAAUACCACAAGCUACAACUAUAAACAGUGCCAAAUUUCCUAUAGUUCAAUUCAGAAAUUGAUGUAAAAUUUUUGCCAUUCCUUUUCUAAAAACUCCAACCCGAUUCCCACUCUAAAAACCAUUGCAAAUGACAUCAUUUCCAGCAACGUCAAGCCUCCGAAAAGCACCACCUCAACUUGGAGCCCCAUAUCGCUGAACUAGAACGUCUAUUCCUGGCAGUUCCCGAUUCCAACCCGAGAGGUCCGGAAUUUAAGGAGGUGGUUGCGAAAGCUAACGAUAUUUUUGAUGUUAUCGCAUCCAAAGCAAGUUCGCUUGAGCUGGUCCCAUUUCACAUUGACAUGACCUUUUUGAAGCUGUUGGAAAAGGUGGGUAAAACUUCAAAGUUUUUUUCAAUAUACAACUAUUAUAUUUUUUGACUAAAAACAUGUCUUUUUACCAAUCUUAUGGCGACUGAAUACCAUCAUUUUUAAAGAAAAAAUGUAUCCAAACUUUGUUCAAUUUUUUGCAAAGUGUGAGCUAAAAUUUUCACGUCCGCAUUCCCAACCUUUGCUCUAAACUUAUUCGAAGUUUUCACUACGUUAAAAAUACACUUUUUGGGUACCCUAAAAAACUGAAACUGUCGAUUUCAACUCAUUUUUCAGAACGAUAUCACCAAUUUGAUUCGUGCAAAUCUGAAGAAACUUGGUCGAGACUUCGACAAGACCGCCAAAUACAUCGCAAAUGUCUACGUUCGCGGCCUGAAAAAGGGCAAGAACAUGCAUGAAAGCGUUGAAGCCCUGUUCAAUCUGCUGAGCCAAGGAGAUUUAAGCGCGGAAAGAUUGGACAAAGAGAUACAGAAAAUCGAGGAUAUUCUCAACCACUAA